AUUUUCAGCGUGCAAGCUUACUGUAACGUCACACACCCUAGCUGCUUCUCUUCACUCACUUUCUCUCUCAUCUCUCACUCUCUCUCCUUCUCUGUCGCGCUUCUUCUGGCGGCGUAGCUGCUCAAUUUCUCCGGCGGCGGCGUCACAUUUACGAUUCCGGUCACCUGAAAUGGCGGCGAACGAUCGGAAAACGCCGAAGCUUCCCGUGAAAGGCAAACGCAACAUCCUCAUCACAAGCGCCUUGCCUUACGUCAACAACGUCCCUCACCUUGGCAACAUCAUUGGAUGUGUCUUGAGUGCUGACGUGUAUGCUCGGUACUGUCGCCUCCGCGGUUACAAUGCUAUUUACAUUUGCGGUACUGAUGAGUAUGGCACUGCAACAGAGACUAAAGCUAUGGAGGAGAAUUGCUCUCCCAAGGAGAUUUGUGACAAGUACCAUGCAAUUCAUAAGGAUAUCUAUGAAUGGUUUGAUAUAAGUUUUGAUGAAUUUGGGCGGACUUCAGCCCCACAGCAGACUGAAGUUUGCCAAGCAAUUUUUAAAAGAUUGUUGGACAACAAAUGGCUCUCAGAGAACACAAUGCAGCAGCUUUACUGUGACACAUGCAAAAGGUUCCUAGCUGAUAGGCUUGUGGAGGGUAUAUGCCCAACUCCAGGGUGUGAGUAUGACUCUGCACGAGGAGAUCAAUGUGAGAAGUGUGGGAAGCUUCUAAAUCCAACAGAAUUGAAAACUCCCAGGUGUAAGGUUUGUCAAAAUACUCCACGAAUUCGUGAUACAGAUCACUUGUUUCUUGAACUUCCCCUGUUGAGAGAGAAAUUGGAAAAAUACAUAGAGGAGGUGAAAGGGUCAUGGAGUUCAAAUGCUAAGCAAACAACAGCUUCAUGGCUUAGAGAAGGAUUAAAGCCACGUUGUAUUACCAGGGAUCUGAAAUGGGGGGUUCCCGUUCCACAUGAAAAAUACAGUGACAAGGUUUUCUAUGUUUGGUUUGAUGCACCUAUUGGGUAUGUCUCAAUCACUGCAUGCUACACAACUGAAUGGGAGAAAUGGUGGAAAAACCCAGAGAAUGUGGAGUUGUAUCAAUUUAUGGGCAAGGACAAUGUGCCUUUCCACACUGUGAUGUUUCCAUCUACUCUUCUUGGAACUGGUGAAAAUUGGACCUUGAUGAAGACUAUUAGUGUUACUGAAUACUUGAAUUAUGAAGCAGGGAAGUUUUCUAAAAGCAAAGGCAUAGGAGUAUUUGGUAAUGAUGCAAAAGAUACUAAUAUUCCAGUUGAAGUAUGGAGAUAUUACUUACUCACAAAUAGGCCCGAGGUAUCUGAUACAUUAUUUACAUGGCCUGAUUUGCAAGCAAAAUUAAAUAGUGAGCUGCUGAAUAAUUUGGGCAACUUUAUCAACCGAGUUUUGAGCUUUAUUGCCAAACCUGAAGGUCAAGGAUAUGAUUCUGCUAUACCUGCUCUUGCUGAUGGUCUAAGUAGUGAAUCCCAUGAUCCUACCAAAAAAUUGGCUGAAAGAAUUUUUGCAUACGUGGACCAGUACAUAGAGGAAAUGGAGAAGGUUAGACUGAAACAAGGAUUGAAAAUUGCAAUGGCCAUAUCCACCGAGGGGAAUGGAUAUCUGCAGGAAUGUGAAUUUUGGCGCCUUUACAAGGAAAACAAACCUCUUUGCUCUCUUGUUAUGAAAACUGCGGUUGGGGUUGUAUAUAUUCUUGCAUGUUUAUUGGAACCCUUUAUGCCGUCAUUAACACAGGAGGUAUUUAAGCAGCUAAAUUUGUCUACGGAAUUGCAUCUUUCGCUUUGUGACGAAAAAGGAGAUGUUAACAAGGCAAAGAUACCUUGGGAGAUCCUAAAUGCUGGCCAUAAAAUUGGGAAACCGCAGCCACUGUUCAAGGAACUGAAAGAUGAAGAUGUAGAGUUCUACAGGAAGAAAUUUGCGGGAAGUCAAGCUGAUAGGAUCUUGCGUGCAGAGGCUGAAGCUGGAAAAGUCGCCGAGGAACUGAAGAAGACAAAAAUUUCAGAUGGUGGAAAGAAAAAAUCAUCGUCAAAGUCAUCAAAUGAUGGCAAAAACAAAGCUGCUCCUGAGCCAGAAAUUACCAUCAGCAGGCUUGAUAUACGUGUUGGCCUUAUUAAGAAAGCUCAAAAACAUCCCGAUGCUGAUUCACUAUACGUGGAAGAGAUUGAUGUUGGCGAAGAACAGCCCAGAACAGUUGUUAGUGGGCUUGUCAAGUAUAUACCACUUGAAGAAAUGCAGAAUCGAAAGGUCUGUGUUCUCUGCAACCUAAAGCCAGCAACCAUGAGGGGAAUUAAAUCCCAAGCAAUGGUUCUAGCUGCUUCAAAUAGUGAUCACACCAAGGUGGAGUUGGUUGAGCCACCCAGUUCAGCGAAAGUUGGAGAAAGAGUCACAUUCCCAGGGUUUGAAGGUAAUCCUGAUGAACUCUUGAACCCAAAGAAGAAAGUCUGGGAAACAUUGCAAGUGGAUCUGCAAAGUAAUGGGGAACUAGUGGCAUGCUACAAAGAUGUUCCACUAACCACAUCAGCUGGUGUUUGCAAGGUCUCAUCCAUACAAAAUGGAUCAAUUAGGUAGACAAACAUCAAAGGUUUUCAGUGUUGGGGAGUGUGUGUCAGAGUGAUAUAAAUUAAUUAAAUAGGAAAAGAUAAAACAUAAUUUAUCCCUUACUUUAUUGACUAGCCAGAUUGUUGUUGCUUUUCAUGUUUAAGUUUAGAAUAUACAUUGAUGAGUAAUUUUCAUUUUUUGUGAGCCGGACCCAAAUUGUUAAGAUGUUCGGCUAAAUUUCAGUUGUUCUCUGUACUUUUCUUGUGCCACGUGCUCAUACGAUGAUGAUAUAAGCAAUCAUUCCUUCAAAGCCAA